CUCUCCGUCGAAAAUGUUGGAACCCGUUCUCCCGAGAGAGGGCUUAGACGGUUCGAGCAUGGAAUGUGCAUUGAGAGUUCCUGGAGGUGAUUGUGUCAAAUAUGGGGGCACGAGUUGCACGGUUGUUUAGGGAUUUUAAUUUAGAAAACCGAGUACAUCGUGAGAUUGGGAAGGCAAAACCCGAAGUGGCACCCCGACAUCUGACCCAUAUUGAUUCUGUUCAGAGUACAGAGGUUACUGAGAUCAAUGAUGCCAUCCACAAGAGAAACGACCCCCUCCUGGGGUUGCUGAAGUCGGUGUAUGUGGAAUCAAAAGAUCCUACCGAGGCUCCAAAGGAGGUGACUGAGGAGAACGUGGAGGAGCGCAGGCCACUGAAGUUCAACCUACCGGGGGACCCCUAUGGGAUCGUGGCGCUCACUGAUGUCCCCAAAGGCAAACUGUCUAUUGGUGAGGCCCUAAAAGCUCUUAACAUUCACAAGAAUGACCCCCAAACAUGGACAUUGGACAAGGUUGCCCAGGAGUACUCUCUUGACUUGAAAGACACUAAAGCACUUCUAGAGCAUUUCAUCCCCUUCGAGGUUAAGAUCAUACCUCCCAAGACAAAGGACGAUUCAAAGCAGAUCAAAGAUACCUAGGACUGAUAAUGCAGUAUACCUGGCCUUUCAAGACAUCUAUCAGCCAAGUGAAUUAUUUAUUUAUGUAAAUGUACUAUCAGGUUGUCUGCCUUGCUUCAAGGUUCAGGAUAGGAAUAGAAUACGUGUGGGAUUAUUUGUUUUUCUGUUACGAAACGAGGGAGACGCGUGAUUUAAACCCAGUCAGUCUUUAAUAAAUCUCGAUACAAAUUUUAAUAAUGACAAAAUCAACCAAUUCUAUAAUUGUAUGAAUGAUGCGAUAUUGGCCUGCAAAUCCAUUCAUACUACUUCGCUAAUUACUUUCCUAACAAGGCUUUCAUCCCUGUAUCACAACUGACAGUAAAUUGACUGUCACUUGCUAAUUUGGCAUCUUUAUACAAAUCGCAAUGUACUCUCUUCAAUUUUUCAUUUAUAUGAGCCAAUGUUAUGUUUUUCUGUAAUUCCUAUUAAGAGUGGGAAAACA